AAACCCAGAGCAAAUCUGUAGGAGAUAAAGAUACAGCAGAAGACUUCUAUGGGGAUCGUGAAGACACAGUGAUGAUAAGGAGGAGGAGGAGGAGGAGUAGCAGUGGGCAGUUAGGAGGAGGAGAAGGAGGAGGAAGAGGGAAUCCAUAUGGGAAGGAGCAGCCCGCGGCUCCGCUGCAGUGAGACACAGAGACCGGAGGAGAGGACGAGGAGCCUCAUUUCUGUCUGGAGAUGAAAAAGUCUUUAAUCACACACUGAGCUGUGGGACUUCAUUCGGUGCCAGCAUGUAUUUUGGUAAUGUGUGCCACAGUCCCCUGCCGUCGCUGGCUCGUCCCACGCUGGGCAGGACCCAGCCGUCCCCCGACCCCAAGGCCCUCCUCCCCUUCCAUCUGCUGCCUGGAUUCACCGACCAGAUGGAUCAUCUCCACAAAGCUCUGAUUAGCCCAUGCUUCGGGUUAACUUCACCCCUGAAGAGGAAGCCCGGCUCCUGCGGCGUUUGCCGAGUGAGAUUCAACUCUGAGGCUCAGGCGUCCUCUCACUACAGCGGCACGAGGCACGCGAAAAGACUCAAAGCUCUGGACGCCCCAGAUUCAAAGAUCAAGACCUUCGAACCGGUCACCAAGGAAACCACAUCACAAAUCCUCUCGUCAUCCUGCUCACAGCCCUCUGGCUCUGACACAACAUCAGAAGACCCCUCGGCCCCAAACUCUGCUUCAGACACAACAUCGUUAAGUAGCGGUCUCGCUGAAACAACAAAAGAACCCACCAACCACUCCCUGCCAGCCAGUCCGAGUACAGCUGAGAAAGAUGGCGAAGCCGAGACCCCAGAUCAAGAGACAGAGGAAGAGAAAGCGAAACGACUUCUCUACUGCUCCCUCUGCAAGGUGGCUGUGAACUCUGCCUCUCAGCUCCAGGCUCACAACAGCGGUACUAAGCACAAAACGAUGCUUGAGGCCCGAAGCGGCGAUGGAGCCAUUAAGUCUUUUCCCAGGAUAGGAGUCAAAUCUAAGAUGGCCGCUCCGUCUGAGCCGUCAACUGGACUCCAAAACAAAACUUUUCAUUGUGAGAUCUGUGACGUGCAUGUCAACUCUGAGACUCAGCUCAAACAGCACAUCAGCAGCAGAAGACACAAGGACAGAGCAGCAGGUAAACCAGCCAAACCAAAGUUCAGCCCCUACGCUCCCACUCAGCGACUCCAAAGUCUCCAGGCAAUAAGACUAACUCUGCGAAAAAACCAAGACUUGAGCAAACCUCUCGCCUCCUGUGUCCUACAUCGUCAAUUAUCAAUUGCCGCUGCUGCUCUACCACCGCUGGCACCCUUCUCCUUCCAAACCGCAACAAACUCAAGUCACGCCCUGUUUCAUGGUCAACCUCUCCCCCAGGCUCUGCUUCAUCCAGCCACUGGACCCAUCUGUUCGCCUCACACAUCAGUUCUGUUUUCCCCCUUCUGACCACAUCGGUAUCUCAGCCAGCUUUGAGCUACAACAAGAACGAAGUCCCUCGAUCCUAACCAGAUCUGCCAGAAGACAGCACUCCCUGUUCUCAGCAAACCAACGGUGUGUCUAGAACCACAGAGGAAUGGUUGCAGACACAAGAAAAAACAAAAAAUAUGUCAUGACUCGAGGAGAUAAAAAAAAAAAAAGUGAAACAGUAAAAA